AUGAGGGCUUCCAUGGCGAGACGCAUGGCAGCGGCAGCCAGCUCAUCUGCGACAUCCUCUAUGAGGCCUGCACCCUUGGCCUUGCUGCCGCCGAUUCCGCUGUAUCGAAGGCUGUUCAGGGCGCACCGUAAGCAUCUGCCUCCCGAGAUGCGGCUGCUUGGCGACGAAUACAUCAAGGCUGAGUUCAGGGCCCACCGUAACAUUGACAACCCGGCACAUCUUAUCGGCUUUUUAACCGAGUGGCAACUCUACGCCCAACAGGUGGAGGGAGAGUCAUGGCAGGGAGAAAAGAUAGACCAGGCCAAGGUUGAGAAGCUGAGUGAACAGCAAGUUGGGCAGCUAUACGAGCUGAUGAUGGCUAUCAAAUCAAGGAGAGAGGGCGGCGAGGGCGAAGGCCAGGAGCCGUCGUAA